AAUUGGCAGGCCUGUUUCACUUUAUACCACUCUCCUGUCUUCUGUCAAUUGAUUUUCUUUUUGGGGGGAAGUACCCACCCCGGCUUGCUUAGCAGAAUGUGUGAGCACUUUGUGGGAACCUGGAAACUGAUUUCCAGUGAGAACUUUGAGGACUACAUGAGAGAGCUGGGUGUUGGAUUUGCUACCAGGAAAAUGGCAGGUGUAGCCAAACCAAAUGUAAUCAUAAGCAUCAAUGGGGAUGUGAUAACUAUCAAAACAGAGAGCACCUUCAAAAAUACAGAGAUUUCCUUCAGGCUGGGUGAAGAGUUUGAGGAAACUACAGCAGAUGACAGAAGAGUCAGGAGCAUCAUAAUACUAGAGGGUGGCGUGCUGAAGCAGUUACAGAAAUGGGAUGGAAAGGAGACCACAAUAAGGAGAAAACUGGCUGAUGGAAACUUACUGGUGGAAUGCUCCAUGAACCAUGUUAUCAGUACCAGAGUUUAUGAGAAGGUUUCUUCAUGAACUCCCAACCUUCUUCACACCAGACAAAGUUGUGGAGUACCAAGUUGUUUUUAAGGAGCAAAGCUCCACAAAUUGGCUGCUUUUCAAACUGGUUUACAGAUCUACUCCAAACAAAAUAGAUUAUUGUAACUGCUGUGCUUUUAGAAUAAUAAUAAAAUAAUUCAGCUGUUUUGAAAAAGCA